GUUCAAGGGACCUUGCCCGCAUAUUGCCCAGUAUUGUUCUUAUCAAAUAAGCGUAGGGCAGAAAGAUCGACGGUGAGGCGCCGACCGAGGCUAGCGUUUUUUCCAACAACCACAGAUGUUUGACGUCCAACAGUCUUCAAACGCCGAGCUGGCCGGCUAUUAUACCAAGCAAGCAAUCAACCAUGAAGAGAGGACACAGCUGGCUUGGCUGGGCAGAAAGCUGGGUUACAGUUCCUUCGCUAGUUGCCUUUUUCUUCUUCUUAUUCUCUUUGCAUAUCUCACACCCCGGGCGUAUCUUGCAUACUUGCACGGCAUCUUUGACCGGCAUCUGGUGGCAUUGCUGUUGCCUUGCCUCGCAUUGCGCAUCAUUGUUUAUGCAUCAUCUGUCUCUUUUGAUUGAUGGUGACAAGGUACAGACAGGUACGUGCGUACAUACAUACAG